AUUGAUUCGUGUUUUAUGCUGGCAUGUUGCGAGCAGGCAGUUGUAAUAUUUGUAAUCAUUCCCCAAAACGAACCUUAAACCCUAAAACAGAAAAACGAACAUUUGUCGCUGCAACUGUGGGAAGACUCGGAAACCCGAUUGGCAGUAAAUAUGCACAUUCUUCAUAGACAUCCCUUGCGGAGAAUCCCCUUCAUUUUCUUCAAUCAAGUGAGAAGAUUUUCUAGUAGAACGGCAGUCGAUGUGGGCCAGCCAACUGCUAGCACUCAUCCUCAGUUAGUGAAUGAAGGAGAUAUUACUCCUGGCAUUAGUGUUGAUGAGUAUAUAUGGAGGCGAAAGAAUCUGUUGAGACUUUUACCGGAGAAUGCUUUGGCAAUCAUUGCGUCGGCCCCGGUGAAGAUGAUGACUGAUGUUGUGCCGUACAAUUUUCGGCAAGAUGCUGAUUAUCUUUAUAUCACCGGGUGUCAACAGCCAGGUGGUAUUGCAAUUUUAGGUCACAAUUGUGGUUUGUGCAUGUUCAUGCCUGAAGCUAGUCCUAAUGAUGUUAUUUGGCAAGGUGAGAUUGCUGGAGUUGAUGCGGCUCUGGGUACAUUCAAAGCUGAUGAAGCACACCCUAUAAGUGCAUUGAAUAAGAUCCUUUCAAGGAUGAUUGGCAGCUCAUCUCAAUUGUUCGUGAACACAGUCACAGAUAACUCUACUUAUAUGAAACUGGAGGCAUUCCAGAAAGCAGCUCACAAUGGCAUCGUGAAAGAUUUUUCAGUCUAUAGUCAUGAAGCACGAUGGAUAAAAUCAGAAGCUGAGAUUAAAUUGAUAAGGAAUUCGACAUCUAUAGCUUCCCAGGUCCGGGAAGGAGAUCUGGUUCUCAUGGAUGUAGGAUGUGAGCUCCAUGGUUAUGUUAGUGAUCUGACUCGUACAUGGCCACCUUGUUGUAGAUUCUCCCCAGUUCAGGAAGAACUAUAUUCCCUUAUAUUGGAGACAAAUAAAGAAUGUUUGGGGCUAUGCAAACCUGGGAUUAGCAUUCGCGAAAUACACAAUUACUCGGUCAACAAACUGCGGAAAGGAUUCAAAGAGCUUGGAGUUUUGAAAAGCGAUAAACCUCAGAGCUACCAUAUGCUGAACCCCACCAAUAUAGGUCACUUUCUAGGAAUGGAUGUCCAUGAUUGUUCCCAAAUUGGCUAUGACCGGCCAUUGAAGCCUGGUGUCGUAAUCACAAUUGAACCUGGAGUCUAUAUCUCUCAUAGUUAUGACGUUCCUGAGAGGUAUCGUGGCAUUGGGAUAAGGAUAGAGGAUGAUGUACUCAUAACAGAGACAGGAUAUGAGGUACUUACUAGUUCAGUACCAAAAGAGGUCAAGCACUUGGAAUCCUUGCUUGACAAUAUGUGUAAUGUGCCGGAAAAAGAGCUUCAUAAUAGCGAAAUCAACAACCAAAGGUACGAGGGUGACGAAAUAUGCCGGGAGAAGUCGCGUCAGCUGCUGACGGAGAUGAACCUCCCCAACGGUCUUCUGCCGCUCAAGGACAUUUUGGAGUGCGGCUACGUGAAGGACACCGGCUUCGUCUGGCUCCGGCAGAAAACCAACAGCGAGCACCGGUUCGAGAAGAUCGGCCGGCCCGUGAGGUACGCGGCCGAGGUGACGGCCUACGUGGAGCCCAACCGCAUCCGGAAGCUGACAGGUGUCAAGACCAAGGAGCUCCUUUUAUGGGUCAACCUCUCCGAGAUCUCCGUCGACGACCCACCCACCGGAAAAAUCACCUUCAGGACCCCCGCCGGACUCAGCCGCUCGUUCCCCGUUGAGGCUUUUCAGAUCGAUGAAGAGAAGACCGUGCAGACGGAAAAUGAGGUCAGGGCCGAUGGGGUGGCGGUGGAAGUGAAGGAG